AUUAGUCAGCGCUGUCAAGUCCGAAUACUAAUUUAUAAAUACUGAGUAAGGUAUGUGAAGCUCAAACUUGGGCAAGCGCAUGAAGUGAACACACAACUGCUAGCAUCGAAAUACUUCAAGAUGAAUGUGAUGGGGUAUUUAAUCACCCUUGCCAAUCUUCAAAAUUUGGAAAACUCUGCAGGUCCCUUAAAAAAAUUGUCAGUUAAAGUGGCUGAGACGCAAUUCUUGACCAACCAACUGAAAAGUCAUCCCGAAUUUGCUUUAGAAGGCUUUAAGAAAACCGGUUACAGUAAAGUUGGCAAUGUGGGCAUGUAUCUGUCUAGAAAUUUGCGGGACUACAUUUACCACGGACUAGGAAAACCAACGGAUGAAGCUGUUUUAUUGACGUUGGUGUUCAAAGAUGGAUAUUCUGGAGAUUCGUCACUUGUGAAAGCACCGAUUCGCGCUGUCAAUACUGCACCGGAUCCUAACCUAUCAUAUUUUCUACAUAGAGGUCACGUAGAUGAUAAUUUAAAGAAAGGUAUCGAUGAUUAUGCAAAUACUAUAAACAGCCAUGCAAGAAAUAAGAGGACAUUGAUUUCUCCAUAAAGAAAACAAACAGAUUUCUAGUUGAAUGCAGAACAUACAACAGUCACUAAUAAUUUGAUAUUUUGUAGAAACAAUGAAGAAAAUUAUAAACAUCAAAUAAUAUAAUCACAUAUUUUGAAUCA